CGACAAUCAGAGAAUACAACAUCAUGGCUUCCCCCUCUAAACAGCUUGACCCAAGUGUUCCGGCUCCUGGUGAGCGCGCACAGGCUGAGAGUGUCACCAUCGAGGACCAAACACUUCUGCUUCUGGCUAGUCUGAUGGAAGGUGGUCAAGAGGAUGAAGACACCUGCAAAGAGCUCAACAGUCUCACCAAGCUCCUCAACGAUGAUUCGUCAGAAGAGACCAGAUCCCCGAAGCCUCAUAAGCCUUUGUAUGAGUUGAUCGACGCCGAUUCCGUCGACACCAUUCUGGGUUAUCUCGACAUGAGACAACCUCCAACUAUUCGUGGUCACGCCACAUUGACUACAUCUGCAUAUCUCAAAGCAUCUGGAGAGAAAGGUGUUGAACUAUUGACUGAGUUCUUCAAUGCACGAGUGGGCAAGGCCACUUAUGAUGAUUUUAUAAUCGCCUUUUCUGUUGCAGCAUCGUUAUUUCCGGUGGUGCCGGACGUCAUAUCAACCUUGUUCCUAAGGGAGGGCUUCAUAGUCAGUCUCGGGCCGUUGAUGAAAAGGAAAUGGAAGAGCAAGAAAGUUGAACAAGCCGCUUUGGAAAUGCUCAAUGCGGCUUGUAUGCAUACCCAAUGCAGGGAAGCCAUCAAGAAGUACUGCGCAGAAUGGUUGGACGAAAUAGUCACCGAUGUUCCUCCAACCUCUGCGGACGUCUCGUCUCCGGACAAACUUCACCAAAUUGAACAUGGAUCGAUCCAGCAGCGAAUUCAUUCUGAACAAGUAAGAAAUCUAGCAGCUGUUGUCUUGGCCAAGCUUCAGGCUGUUCCUUCACCACCCAGUGCGGGAGAAGAAGAGCGGAUACAGCCUGCAACAACAAGCAUCGAAGAAUUGUCCGACAUGUUCCGAACCAUGCUCUCCAAGAACACUACUGAACAGAGCUCAAUCGAGGGAUUAGCAUAUGCAUCACUACAGCCAAAGGUCAAGGAACGCCUAGCUUCUGACAAGCCUUUCCUGAAGAACCUGAUCAAAGCACUGGGUGAUGCCCCAGCUAAAUCACCAGAAACUUAUGGAGCGUUAAGCAUCCUUCUCAACCUUACAACAUAUCUCCCAGCUCUUACAGAAGAACAGAAGCGGAUGAGUCAACUAAAAGCGUACGCCAAUGCUUCAAAAUCCUCAAAGCCAGAUCCUCUCAACGAGGACGAUCAUGUCUCGAAGCGGUGUCAAGAUGUUUUCGAAGCUGGAAUUAUUCCAAUCCUUGUUACUCAUAGCCAGCAUGGCUCAACUGCUUCUCUAAUGCUCGUCGUUUCAAUCGUCUUUUCACUCUCGAAAACCUCCAGAAUCCGAGGACAGAUGGCCCAGCAAGGAGCUAUCAAACUUCUCUUACAUGCUUUUUCUGUCUUCCCCUCAGACAACAUUCCAGCACGCCGAACAACAGCACAUGCACUAGCUCGUAUUCUCAUAAGCACCAACCCUGUGCACGUAUUUGGCGGAUCGAACCCCAUUCCGAUGACAUCUUCCAUUCGACCUCUUCUUCUACUUCUCGAUGACGACCCUGCUACUGAGCAGCGGGAUCUUCUGCCCGUGUUCGAAUCACUCCUCGCCCUUACUAAUUUGGCCUCCACAGACGACACGGCCCGGAAUCCAAUCAUUCGACUUGGCUUUCCACGAAUAGAGGAGCUGCUACUAUCAAACAACAAAUUAGUAACUCGCGCAACUGUCGAGCUGAUCUGUAAUCUCAUGCAAGCACCAGGAGGCGUAACAAAAUUUGCUGAUGGCGGAAAGCAGGCUAGUCAUAGGAUGCACAUCCUGCUUGCUUUGACGGACUCGGAGGACUUUGAGACGAGGAGGGCAGCCGGUGGUGCAAUUGCCAGUCUCACAGAAUGGGAUACAGCUGUGAAUGCAAUUCUGGAGAGAGACAGAGGGGUGACACUUCUUCUAGCAUUGUGUAAAGAGGACCAGGAGGAAUUGAGGCAUCGAGGAGUGGUCUGCAUCUUGAAUAUGUUGACAGCACCUGGCAAAGUCGGAGAAUGGGGAAUUAAAAAGGUGCAGGAGGAAGGAGGUGUUGAUGCUUUGAAGGAAUGCCUGAAGAAAUCUAGAAGUCAGGAGGUUCUGGAGAUCACCGUCGAGGCUUUGAAAAGGCUGCUAGGGGAGGAAAAGCCGAGUCCAGCUCUAUUGGAAGGGUAG